AUGGCCGGCAAAGACGCCUUGACCCCGCGGGCCUUCACCCACCCCAGGGCGGAAGGCGCGGAGUUCGGGGAAAUUAUCGUGGCCCCGAGGUCGGGGCUUCGGCGGGUUUCGCCGACAACGCCGUUUAAGCGACUUCUCCCCGACUGGCGGGUGCUCACGGGCCGCCUCGGGUGGUUGUUUAGCGGGUGGCAAAAGGAGUUUAUCAGCAUCGCGUUUGUGGAGGAGCUUCACAAUGACCUGCGGGAAUAA